AUGCAUAUAAGGCAUAUUUUCAAGAAGUCAAAUGGUUCGUAUCGAGCUACACUUAUGCUACUUUUACAAAUUUUCUGUAUUUUAAUCGUUAAUAAUAUUUUCCGUUCGACGAUUAUUAUGAGACAAGUACAAUCAUGCAAUGAAAAUUUUGAAUUUGAUCAACUUGAAAAUGAUAAAAAUUGGAAAGAAAUCAUAGCUAAUAUGAAAAAACCAUUCGGUGUGAUUAUUCUUAAUCAACAUGCGAUUCAAAUAACUUUAAAUUGGCUUUGCAAUACGGCGAAUAUAUUCAACGUUCAUGAGCGAACAUUAUUUUUUACUUUGGAUGAAUUUUCACGAAUUAACUUAUUAAAGAGCUAUCCAAAUUUGAAAGUUUUUCGAUGGACGAUAUCAUGUUUAACGACGAAAUUUCAACCGACUGAUUCAACUUACAUGAGUUUUUUUAUUCUCAGAACUAAAAUAAUUCGUUCAUUAAUAAGUCAUAAUGUUUCGUUUUGGAUGAUUCAACCUGAUACAUUUUGGCGAAAAAAUUUAUAUUUUUUGAAAUGGAAAAAUAUAGCUUAUGAUAUAUUAGUCGAUCAGAGAGGAUCAGAGGCGUCCCCGGAAUCAUACAAAUAUCAAAUGAAUGGCGCUAAUUUCCAUAUUAAAAAUCCAGAACCAAUGAAAAAAUUUUUUGAUAAUGUAUUCUGGUAUCAGCUUAAUUUCUAUGUAACCGAUCCCGAAAUCAUUCGAUUCUUUUGUCGUCAAUCAACUCUUUAUCGAUGUAAAUUUAUUCCUUACAAAUUUAUAUCAGGUUGGGAAUGGAUAUACACUAAUCAGAAUGAUCCACCAUACUUCAUACAAUUGGAUGGAGAAACAAGUGGUGGAAAAAUUCAAGCUCUAAAAGACUAUAAGUUAUGGUUCCUCAAUGAUGAUUUAACAUGCAAUAAUAAAACUGUUAAUAAUGCUUUGAAAAUGGUUCUUAAAGGCCAGGUUCCGAAAAUUAAAACUUCAUCGAAAUUAAAACAACUGUUUUAUAUUGGAAUCGGACAGCUACUCAACGAAAUUCCUAUAAUUGGAAAAUUUCACGAAAUUUAUGGCGGUAUUGUAUCACUUUAUCUUCAAGUUUUUUGA